GCUCUCCGCCUGGUGUGCCGCCCGUGGGCGCAGCUGCUGGACUCGGGGGAACUGUGCCGGCGGCGGCGGCAGUGCGGCGUGGCGGAGGCGUGGGUGUACGUGCGCACGCGCGACGGCGCUUACCGCAACUACUGGCGCGCGUUCGACACCACCACGCGCACGUGGCACGCGUUGCCGCCCCUCCCGCCGCUGCUGCUGCCGGGGGAGAGCGCGAGCGCCACAGAGAACGCCAUGCAGGUGCGAGGGCUGGGGUCAGCAGCAGUGGGCGGCAAGCUGUACGUGUUUGGCGGGUGGCGCGAGGGCGGGCCGGCGCUGCAGUGCACGUGGUGCUACGACCCCUGCACGCACCGCUGGCAGCGCCACGCUGACAUGGGCAUGGCACGCUGCUACAUGGCGUCCGGCACCCUGCCCCGCGCCCAGUGCGCUGAUGGGGCGGAUGGGACAGGACAGGGCGAGGGAGGAACGGGAGGAGGGGGAGAGGGGGAAGGAGGAAGAUGUGCAGAAGGAGGAGAAGGUAUCUCUUCUCAAGCUGACGUGGAUAAUACAGCCACCACCCCCAGAAGAAAAAACAGACACAGCACAACCAUUGCUACCAGCGACUGCGGCGAGGACGGUGUGAUCCUCGUGGCGGGCGGCAUGGUUCGUCCGCGCCUGCACCCGAGUGAGCUGCUGGUGGCAGCGGAGCAGUACGACGUGGAGCGCGACCAGUGGGUGGCGCUGCCGCCCAUGCCGCAGCCCAUGCUGUUCUCCUCGGGUGUCACCCUUGCAGGCCGCUUCCUCGUGAGCGGCAACUUCACUGAUGAGGGGCAGUGGGGGGCGGUGUACUGCCCGCGUGCGCGGCAAUGGCAGCCCAUAGCGCAUCGGUCGCUGGCGACGUCGCUGCUGUCCCCGUGUGCAGCGCUGGGCGACCUGCUCUUCUGCAUCAAGGACGCCCUCCAGUACCCCGCGUAUUUCUCGUUGUCCCGCUCUCUCCGUGUCUCCACUUCAUGCCGCCAAACCGCCUUACCUGCCUUAACUGAACCCAUCACCUCUCCUCCGCGCACCCUCUCCUCCGCGCACCCUCUCCCCGUGCGGGGCGGCCAGGUGUGGAACCCGUGGCGGGGCGACUGGGAGCUGGUGGAGGGCGAGGGGCGCAUAUUCACGGACACGCGCUUCCCCUGCUGGGUGUGCUGCAUGGCGUUCGUGGGGCGGCGCCUCUUCCUCGUGCACCAGAACUCCUCCAUCACCUCCGUCACACUCCACCUGCACUACCCCUCUCCCUCUGCCACUGCUCCUGCUGCUGUGCCGCCCACUGCUGCCCUUCCUCCCACUCCAACUCGCCCUGGGUCGGCGAUUAGUCCUGAUGCGCUGAAUGCUGCUUCGCCCCCCCCUGCUGCAGCUGCUUCGGGUGCUAUGGGGGUGUCUGUGGCAGCUGGAGUGAUGGGUGCGCACCGCACGGAAGCAGGAGGUGCCGUUGAGGCUGAGGCACAAGCACGUGCUACUGCUUCUGGUGCUGCUGCCACUUCUGGUGCUGUCAAUGCUGGUGAAGGGAGGGAGGAAGACGAGAGAGCAAUGGCAGUGGCAGAGAGGGAGGCAGCAGCAGAGAGGGCAAUGAGGGAGGUAGCGGAGGCGGUGGCAGCAGCAGAGGCGGUGGGCGUGCCGUCCGCAGUGGCCCCUGCAGCGGGGCACGUGGCGGGGCAGAUCUCCCAUGCCAUGGCGGCUGGUGCGCGCGCAUGGCACCAAGGGAGGGACGCGGCCCCAGAGGGUGUGGGGGAGGCAGUGCUAGAAGUGGGAUCAGAGGCAAGGGACGUGCUUGUGAGUCCUGCCAGUCGUGGCGCUGAGGAAUGGAGGAGGGUACGGCGUGGGGGAGAGGGGAGCACACCUGUGGCAGGGCAAGCAAGUGAGGGUGCGAGGGGGGGUGGUGAUGGGUGGAAUGGGGGGUGGUGGGGAGAGAAGCCAUGGCGUUCGGGGGGAAGCGGAAAGGGGAAGUUGCAACAGGUGGAGGUGAGAGUGGAGGAGGUGGUGAGAGUGAGUGAGGGAGUGGCAGCAGAUGAUGAACAGGCCAUCGACUGUUACGUCCUUGAGGCGUAG